AUGAGUACGAAAGUCGACUUGUUGAGUGAUACCGGGAAGGAAUAUUCAGUGCUUUUUAUGGUACCACAGCCAGAAAUGGUUACUAUAUUUUGGUUGAUCCGGCCAUUGAGGGAGCUAAAGAGGAUGCUUUUUGAUGAUGGAGUGGUUACUAUCGUCGUCUCUGCUCCUUCUGCCUGUGGGAAGACCACGUUGGUUACAAAGCUUUGCCAUGAUGCAGAUGUUAAGGGAAAAUUCAAGCAGAUCUUCUUUAUCACUGUGUCCAAAGCCCCUAACGUAAGGCUCGUCGUUAAGAGGUUACUCCAGCACACUGGUUGUAAAGUAAUUGAAUUUGGAAACAACUUGGAUGCAAGGGUCUGCAUUCAACAACUGCUGAAGCAAUUCAGGCAAAAUGGGUCUAUGUUGUUGGUUUUAGAUGAUGUUUGGCCUGAGGAAGAGUCCUUGCUUGACAAGUUUCUGAUUAAGUUACCCGAUUACAAGAUUUUGGUGACUUCUCGGAUUGGGUUCCCAAGUUUUGGUCCCACUUUCCAUUUGGAACCUUUGAUAGAUGAAGAUGUUAAGAAUCUUUUCAUUGCGUGCGCAACACAGUCCAAUUGUCUAUCGUGCUCCAAGCGUGACCAUCUUCUCCAAAAGAUACUCAAACGUAGAAAUGGGUUUCCACUUGCAAUGAAUCGUCCUUGCAGCAUAUGUGAUGGUUGCAACUCUGUGAUUGAACAUGGAAGACUUGUCAAUGUCUUGGGUGUUCUUUGGCAUCCUGAAUGUUUCUGUUGUAAUGCUUGCCACAAACCAAUUGCUAUCGAUGAGGUUGAAAACCAUGUCUCAAACUCAAGAGGCAAGUUUCACGAAUCCUGCUACAGGGAGCACUGCUAUGUCUGCAAAGCGAACAUUCAUUCAACUGCUGAAUGUAUAGAGUACAAUGAGCGUCCGUUCUGGCUGGAGAAAUACUGCGCUUCUCAUGACAUUGAUGGAACUGCCAAGUGCUGCAGCUGUGAAAGAUUAAAGCCUAGGGGAACGAAUUAUGUAAUGCUUGGUGAUGGUGAGUGGCUAUGUCUAGAAUGUAUGGAAUUUGUGUCUCAGACUUGGCACUUUGAACGCCAUGAAUUCUUCGAAGACUUAAACAUGAAGGUUGACAAAGAAUUUCCUCUUCUUUUGGUGGAGCAACAAGAGCUGAAUAAUGCUAAGGAGGAUGAGACGAUUGUUAGUACACUCCCUUGCUCAAACUUUCUGCCCUGCCGGUUUUUCCAAGUUUCUCCAUAUGCAGGACCAAGGGUUCAACAGAGGUUGUUGCAUUUCCGAAGAGACAAUCACAAUAAAUGUCGCAAAGACGCCAAAGAUGAGGCAAAACAAUUUGUUAAUCGAGAUGGAAACAAAAUCCCAAAUGCUCCGAGAUCAGAUCUAGUCGCAGGAUCAAUCUUGGCUGAUGAAAUGAUGCACGCGUGGCUCGGAAUCAACGGGCAUAGGAAUCUUGAGCCGCCUCAGCUUGAAGAAGGAAUAUGCUACUUGUUUGCACUCAGGUGGCUGGAUUAUCAGGCUUACUCCCCUACCAAUGGAUCAUUUUUUUCUCCCACGCCGGUUGACCCAACAGAUCAACCUUUUGAGAAGAAACUGGUGAAAUUUUGCAAGUAUCAUAUAGAAUGA